AUGAUGUGGAAACGUAUCCAAAAGUCGUUCAUUCACGUGUCAGCGGUCUGUCUGAAGAAGACGCCUCUGCAUAUGAAGGGGAAGCGUGCUGCCGAUCAGAGAUGGCUGGUGCGGCAGCUCAAUGACCCUUUCGUUAAAGCUGCUCACGCGCAGCAUUACCGCUGCAGAAGUGCCUUUAAACUGAUCGAGAUAGACGACAAAUACAGACUUCUCAAACCUGGCUUGAGUGUCAUAGAUUGCGGUGCUGCGCCUGGUGCAUGGAGUCAAGUUGCAGUCCAGAGAGUCAACUCAACGGGAGAAAGUGUGGAUCUUCCUAAAGGAAGCGUAAUAGGAAUAGAUAUAUUACGCAUUUCCCCCUUGGAUGGAGCUCAGCUGCUGUCCGAUCAUGACAUCACUGAGCCCUCGACUCACAUGGCGCUGGAGAGGCUCCUCCCUGAAGCUCGAGCAGAUGUCAUCCUCAGUGACAUGGCUCCCAAUGCCAGUGGGCUCAGGGAACUGGAUCAUGAAAGACUGGUCACCAUGUGUCUAUCAGUGCUGGACUUAGCUGACAAGGUUUUGCGCCCCGGGGGCUCUUUGAUUUGUAAAUACUGGGAUGGAGCUUUGGCCCAUAAGCUCCAGCAGAGGCUUUCCUCAAUGUUUCAAGAUGUAAGAACAGUAAAACCAAGAGCAAGCAGGAAAGAGUCCGCAGAGCUUUUCUUUUUGGCAAGGAUGUUCAAAAUAAGAUAGGAUGUUUCAUGCAAAUGCAUUUUUAAUAUAUAAAAUAUAAAUAAAUGUAUAUUUUAUUUAAAAAAAUGGUUUUGUUCCUAUUACUUGUAUAUAAAAACACUUGCCUCAGUGCAUAAGAAACCAGAAACUCAAUACAGAUCCUGGAUAUAAAUGCUAUAGCGGAAUAAUUAGAUUUAGGUGUUGAAUAUAACAUUAUGUUAAGUCAGAUUUGCAUAUGAUUUUCAGUUUAUCAGGGAGGCCUAGCAGUGUUAAAGUUCCAAAUAAUUUAUAAUAAAGACAUGA